CGUUCACUGUCGGUAGCGCCACUGUCGAGAGGGUACUGUCGCUAACAGGAAGAUAGUACAUCGGUCGGUGUCAGCGUUAUUCUUUUGUCGAAAAUGGAACGAAAAGUAGCUCGAGAAUUUAGGCACAAGGUGGAGCUGCUCAUUGACAAUGAGGCUGAAAAGGAUUACCUGUACGAUGUCCUGCGGAUGUAUCACCAGUCCAUGGAGCUGCCCGUGUUGGUGGGGGACCUGAAGCUGGUCAUCAACGAGCCCAGCCGCCUGCCGCUGUUUGAUGCCAUCCGGCCCCUCAUUCCCCUCAAACACCAGGUGGAGUACGACCUGCUCACCCCCAAGAGGUCACGUAAGCUGAAGGAGGUGCGUCUGGAUCGUACUCAUCCUGAGGGUCUGGGGCUGAGCGUGAGAGGGGGCCUGGAGUUCGGCUGUGGACUCUUCAUCUCACAGAUCGUCAAGGAUGGACAGGCUGGAAACAGUGGCCUGCAGAUGGGAGAUGAGAUUGUCCGCAUCAAUGGAUACGCCAUCUCUUCCUGUAUCCACGAGGAAGUCAUCAACCUCAUCAAGACCAAGAAAAUCGUGUCGCUCAAAGUCCGGCAGGUUGGGAUGAUACCAGUGAAGAGUACCACAGCGGAGCCUCUGAAGUGGCAGUUCGUGGACCAAUUUGUGUCUGAUUCUGGGGAUAAGAAGAGCAGUGUGGCAGGCCUGGCAUCCAUGGGAGGGAAGGAGAUCAAGGAGAAGAAGGUGUUCCUGAGCCUGGUGGGCACCAAGGGCAUGGGUGUCAGCAUCUCCAGUGGCCCCACACAGAAGCCUGGCAUCUACAUCAGUAACGUCAAAUCUGGAUCCCUCGCUGCUGAAGUAGGACUGCAGAUUGGUGACCAGAUCGUGGAGGUGAACGGGGUGGAAUUCACCAAUCUGGACCACAAAGAGGCUGUAAGAGUUCUGAAGAGUAGCAGGAGUCUAACCAUCACAGUUCUCACCGGCGCAGGCAGUGAGUUGUUUAUGACAGACGAGGAGCGUCUGGCGGUGGAGGCUCGCAGGGAGCUGGACAGACGAGAGUUGAUGCACCAGAAAAGGGUUGCCCUGGAGACUAACAAGAUGGUCAAGGAGCAGCAGGAGAAAGAGAGGCAGAGAAAGAUGGAGAUUUCUCAGAAGACUGCCGAGGAAGAGGAACGCUAUCGGAAGGAGAUGGAGAAGAUCGAGGCUGCGGAGAGGAAGCACCACAGGGAGUGGGAGGAGGACUGGGCGCCUAGAGAGCAACCCAAAACCAAGAGUCCCUCGCCGGCCCCGCCUGAAAUCAACACCGCACCCCCCAAGUCCAAGAACUCUGACAUUGGAGCAAGCUCUUUUCAGGCUGACGACGACGUUGAAGAGCAGCAGGAGGAGGAGGAGGAAGUGGGGAGUGAAGGCUUUCAGAAAUACGUGGAAGACUUUGAUCCCCACUCCAUGUUCUCCUCGGAACAGAUAGCUGGGCGAGACGUGAGACUACUGAGAAUCAAAAAGGUUGGACCACUUGAUCUGGCUGUGGAGGGGGGAGUAGACUCCCCUCUGGGAAAGCUAGUGGUAUCUGCCAUUUAUGAUGGAGGCUCGGCAGACAAACAUGGUGGGAUAGUGCCAGGAGAUGAGGUGAUGGCUGUGAAUGGGAAGAUCCUGACGGACUCCUCACUGACAGAAGGACAAAACUCUCUGACCCGUGCCUGGAACAGUGGAGGGGAUUGGAUUGACCUGGUGAUAGCAGUGUCACCUCCAAAAGAGUAUGAAGAUGAGGUCCCGAAGUCAACAUCAGUCAGUCCUACUGUGAACAGAAAGGUGUUUGAAGGCAGUGCAUCAGUGUACAGACAAGGCUACCGGCUCCAGUUUUAGCCCUAACCUCUCACCCUGCACACCCCCAUCUGUGGGACGUUCUUCUGAGAGUCACCUGACCACCUGCCUGCCAAACAAGCCAUACCCACCAACCAGGAACCAUCGUUCUCAUUUCCUCUAAGUUUCUGUAUAUGUAUGUAGUAUACAGUAUGUUAGCAUGGGUAUCCAAACACAGCUGGUACUGUAGUGAAAUGUUAGCUAUAGCUGAAAAGACUGGUACCCGGACUAUAUAUUUAGAGAGUUGAGACAACUUUUGCAAUUUCAAAUAUGGUUUUAAUUCUAGACAUUCAGUUCCAUUGCAUUAUUUAAAUAUUCCUCGUGUAAUGUUAAAGUAACGGUCCAGUGUUUCCAGAUUUCUAUGAAAUAUGACCUAUAAUUACUUACAAUAUGAGUGAAAUAGUUUUCCUUCCAAAAAGUGGUAAUGUUAAAAAAACUGCUUUUCUGUGUUGGAAUAGUGUGGGCGUACCCCAACAGGUACCCCAACAGGUACCCCAACCUGUCAUUCAAAAUAUUAACGUGAGUAGAGGGCUGAUUGGCCAGCUCAUUCUCCUCAGGAGGAUGACCUCAUACUUUAUGAGGAAAUAGCAAGCAUUUUAGAAACUGUCUGUUUGAGAUACAAGUUUGUGUUUUUUCUCCAAUUUAUGCUUUGGCCACGUACAAGUACAGGAUGAGUCAACAACAUUAUUUGGGUAUGAGUAAACAGAAUAUGAACUUUAAAAAGUGAGAUGUUCACUGGACUCUAAUGGGUCGCUAACAUGGUUGCCAUAUCAUUUUGAUUUGUCAUGUAAAUGCAUCCUAAUGCAGAAAUCUCAAUGUCCCAACUAAUUACAUAGCUAUGUUCCCCAUUCUUCUCAUUCUAGUACACUACAGCAUAGGAACACAGUUGUGAAAAACUGAAAUCUGAUGCUGAGAGGCAUCGGUGUCAACAAGUUUUGAUCCUCUGAGUUUAGUUAAAUGCUAAGUGUAUCUUAAUGAGCUUCUAGUAUGCCAUAAGCCCCCUGGUUAUAGGUGAAAUUACACUCCUAAAUCUCCAAUGAAAGGUGUUUGAGCUUAUCUGUAUUCAGUUAGAGUAUGUAAUUAGCAGCAGGAGCAGCCCUGCAGGCAGGCAGGCAAGCACACUGUGAUGUAAUCAAUGUCCCUAUUUGAAAUCAAUGCUCUCUCAGAAUCAAUAAAGGUAUGUGCUUACUUUGA